GACCCCGGGGUUUUAUUCGUGAUAUUCACAUCGUGAAGUCUUCUUAGAAGUCGUCCGGUUUUUUACCGCAGCAUUAAAUCCGUUAUUUUCAGGCUGAAAAUGUGCUGAAAGUUUUCAGAGGUCGGUGGGAAGUGGACCGCUGUCACUUUUGAUUCAUGGACUCAACUCGGACUUUAGCGGAAAAGCAUUUCUGUCAACAGGCUGGCAAGAGGCUGAAUUAAUUCACUCACUAUCAAGAUAUGAAUUUGUCUUUGGACGGUAUGGACAUCCUGAAGAUUUUGUUGUUCAUCUCUGAGGCUGUUUUACUGACCGACUGCAUACGAGGACCUCCACGGGUAUCUGAGAAAGUUGUCCACAGACAGACGGCUCGACUGGGAAAUGCCAUCAAGUUACCGUGUCCGGUGGAUGGAGACCCACCACCCCUCACCAGGUGGACCAAAGAUGGACGCACCAUCCACAGCGGCUUCAUUCGCUUCCGUAAGCUCCGCAUGGGCCUGAAAAUUAAAGAGGUGGAGACGGAUGAUGCCGGAACCUACAACUGCCAAGCAACUAACGGCUUUGGAAGUGUUAACGUCAACUACACCCUCAUCGUUAUCGAUGACUCAAGUUCUGUUAAACCUGGACCAGCUAACGGAGCAGAGUCUGAGCCGGCCAGUGAGAAACUUGAGCGUCCUCAGUUCACGCAGCCUGAAAAGAUGAGAAAGAGGGUGAUCGCCUGUCCCGUCGGCAGCACAGUGCGCCUCAAGUGUGCAGCUAACGGAACCCCUCGACCCGACAUCGUGUGGCUGAAGGACGAGAGGCCGCUGACGGAGCAGGAGGUCGGCRAGGGCCGUAAAAAACGCUGGACUCUGACUCUGAAGAACGUGUUGCCAGAACACAGCGGAAAAUACACCUGCAAGGUGUCCAACCGAGCGGGAGAGAUCCACGCCUCGUAUAAAGUCGAAGUCAUCCAGAGGACGAACUCCAAGCCGGUUCUGACGGGCACGCACCCGCUCAACACCACGGUGGACUACGGAGGCUCCACGUCCUUCCAGUGCAAAGUGCGCAGCGACGUUAAGCCCGUCAUUCAGUGGCUCAAACGCGUAGAGCCCCACGAGGAGAGCCGCUACAACUCCACCAUCGAGGUGGGAGACCACAGGUUUGUGGUGCUGCCCACGGGGGAGGUGUGGUCGAGGCCCGACGGCUCCUACCUCAACAAGCUGCUCAUUACUCGCGCCAAGGAGGAGGAUGCUGGCAUGUACAUCUGCUUGGGUGCCAACACCAUGGGCUACAGCUUCCGCAGUGCCUUCCUCACUGUACAGCCAGACACAAAGCCUCCCAUCACCUCCUCGUACCCGACAGCCACCAGCUCCCUCCCCUGGCCCGUCAUCAUCGGCGUCCCCGCUGGAAUCGUCUUCAUCUUCGCCACCGUGCUGCUGUGGUUCUGCCAGAGCAGGAAGCACUGCCCRCCUCCCGGCGCUCCGACUGCACAGGCGCCGCAGAGCUCCCACCGCCACCGAGAGCGGGACAGGGCCUGCGCCGUCCCGUCGGCCGACUCGUCCAGCCCAGAAAAAGACCGCGUGAGUUCCUUGAACUACGAGGAGUACCUGGCCCAGCAGCAGCAGCUCCUCUUCAGCCAGGGAGGACCAACAGCUCCGCCUAAACUCUACCCUAAAAUCUACACCGACAUUCACACGCACACUCACUCGCACGUGGACGGGAAAGUGCACCAGCACCAACACAUUCAUUUUCAGUGUUAGCCUCGGUGCCAAACGAUGGAUGUUUGAGCUGUGGACUGAGUGACGCUCAUGGGUUCAUCGCUCAACAGAAACUGUUACUGGAAAACUGUGGAACAGACAGAGGCCAGUGUGUCAUUAUUUGGUGCUUCAUUAAACCCUCUUGCCACUAAACAUCUAUCCUUGUUGUGCACUUAAUACAAAAAGGAUGUUUUUUUCAGAUGGCGAGUGAAACAUGAGCUGAGGUGUUUUUGCAUUUUCUUAAACAGAUGUUUAGCUCAGUGUAGCAGAAGGAAACGGUACUCAAGAUUCACAAAAGGGCUGUUUUUUGUUGGUUUUUUUGCUCCUACUCAGGUCUUUGUGUUUGUUAAUAAAUGCUGACCACUAUGUUACAUUUCUCCAUCCCACACUUAUGUUUCUCAUUAAAGGUGAUGUAAAACGAACUAGUAACUUUUUUACGGCAUGCAAACCUUGCCAAAGACUGCAAGGGAUGGAAGAAUUUUCCUUUUCCAUGUUAACUGUAUUUUUCUUUUUUUAAUUUCUCACAAGUCAGUAGUGUUUCAAGAUAAACCAGCAGAUUUGUUUUGACCAACCAUAGUUUAUGAAGCUGUAGUCAGAAUAUUUAAUUUAUUUUCCUAUUAAAAAAUGUAAAGGUUUAUUUUUCAGAGUACAACAUUUUACAUAUCUAGGUAAUGUUAUUGAAAUAUAUUGGUAUUGUACAUUUUGUUCAUUUUUUCUGCGUUUACUUUCUGCCAGUAUGUAGGUAUUUCUGUUAUUUGUUAUAUUUGACAAUCUUGAUGUAAUCGGUUUAAAAUAAUUGAAGUUUAAUGUUUGAUUAAAUGACCUGAAAUAAGAGAAA